CAAGCCAAGCACAUCACAGACAAAAUGGCGCCCGCAGCUGGAGCAAAGAAGCAAAAGAAGAAGUGGUCCAAGGGCAAGGUCAAGGACAAGGCCCAGCACGCCGUCCUGCUCGACAAGAACAUCUCCGAGAAGCUCUACAAGGAUGUUCAGUCCUACCGCCUCGUCACCGUUGCCGUCCUGGUCGACCGAAUGAAGAUCAACGGCUCCCUCGCCCGCCAGUGCAUCCGCGACCUCGAGGAGAAGGGCAUGAUCAAGCCGGUCAUCACUCAUAGCAAGAUGAAGAUCUACACCCGUGCCAUCGGCGAGUAAAUUUACCACCAUGUUUGAAAGUUAAAGCAUUGAGAUUUGGCGCCUGGUUGGUCUGAAAGGAAGAAAAUGGGCCAUGAGAGCAGAGGAUGAUACACGAGGAACAUACAGCCUCGGUUGGGACGCUUUUUCAUGCUCGGUGUAGCAUUUUCAUGGGAUCGGAAACGCUUUAGCAUAUGGCUACGGAAUGAAGAACUUCAAAAAAUGACCAAACCCGACGC